AUGCGUUUCUCAAACCUCUUUGUCUCAACUUCUCUGGGCCAUCUAGCUCUCGUCGGGGCCUUCUCUACUGGAAGGCUUGAGAGCCGGAAGCAAGACCCUGGAACUGUUUGCUCUUCAGGCCAGACGUCCACAAAUGCUCCUCACAAGAACUUUUGGGGUUCUCUGACCACCGAGGAAACUAAGGACGUGCUUGCUCUCCUGCAUAGCAAUGCAACAGGUUUGAACCUGACCUCUGAAAAGGAUGCAGGAAGCCGAGACAAUAAGAUCAUGUCGGUUGAGCUUAUGAUGCCCAACAAGACCGAUGUCCUUCCUUUCCUCUCAAACAGCACCGGCAGCCCAGAGCGUUACGCCUUGGCUGCAGUCAUGUUUGGGGCAGUUGACAGUGCUUACGUUCAAGAGUUCAAGGUUGGGCCCUUACCAAUUACCAAUGCCUCAAUCGUGAUGCCCUACACCUACACAAACACAAGAGCAGGCGAUGGUAAAAUCCCAAUUGUCAACCCUGACGCUGAAGACUACGGCAACUUCAAUCUCAAGAUCAUGAAGGGGGCAGAGGACGUGACGAAGCGGCUCUGGAAUCUGACCGUCGAUGACGGACUUCAGAUCCCGUUGGCUUUCGCGGCCCCGCUCACAAUCACAGAUGACAAGGUUAUCAUGUGGCAGGGCUUCAAUGCACCUGUCACCAGUAUCUACGAUACCAUCUCUCUACUCCCGCUGGGUCUGUACUUGAGAACAGACAUCACAGGCCGUGAUGCUAGCAAGUGGAAAGUGACAGGUUGGGUAUACAACAACGAGUUCUACAAAGAUCUCGACGAUUUCCGCAAGGUCAUUGCGGAACCCGACUUCAAGCCCUUGGGAGCCAAUUUGGAUCAGCCUUGGGCCCAUACUAAUAAGCAUGGUGAUACUCUCCCUCUGGAUGAUAACCCUCCACCAGCCUCUGUUCAAUCUGGCAAAGAGAGGUUCGCUGUUGAUGAGGAAGAGAGCUAUGUGACUUGGAUGGACUUUUCCUUCUAUGUCAGUCUUACACGAGACAACGGGCUACGGCUUUAUGACAUUCGAUAUAAGGGCAAGAGGAUUAUGUAUGAGCUUGGACUGGACGAGGCUAUCGCACAUUAUGCCGGCAUCGAUCCAGUUCAGUCAGGAACCUGUUACUUCGACAGCUUGUCUGGAUUUGGGCCAACUAUGAUCUCUCUCGUCAAAGGCUACGAUUGCCCAGCAUACUCCCAUUACCUCAACGUCACACAGACUACAGGCGAGACGACGUAUACCCAGAAGGACGGUCUAUGUACAAAAGGCAUGUUCGAGAUUGACAAGGGCUUCCCCAUCCAACGCCACUCUUGGGCCAGCCACACCACCGUAACGAAGAACAUCGCAUUCAACAUCCGUGCCAUCUACACCAUCGGAAACUACGACUACAUGACGACUUACCAAUUCCAUCUAGAUGGUUCCAUCGAAGUAGACGUCAGAGCAUCGGGCUACAUCUCGUCAGCAUUCUACGCUGAAAAUGAAGACUACGGCUUCAAAAUCCACGACAGUCUUUCCGGUUCCCUCCACGAUCAUGUCAUCACUUUCAAGGCCGAUUUUGAUAUCCUGGGGGAGAAGAACUCUUUGCAAAAGAUUUCUAUUGAGCCUACGACUGAGAAGUACAAGUGGUCGGAUGGUCAGACACGUAACACGAUGAAGGCAGUCAAGAGCUUCAUUGAGAAUGAAGAUGAUGGUAAAAUCAACUGGUCACCCAAUGGCGGAGCGAUGUAUGCUGUGGUCAACAAAGAUGAGAAGAAUCCUUACGGCGAGAACCCAGGAUACAGGAUAGUACCAGCCUCUGGUGUCGCAUAUCUCACCGUCCAGGACUCCAGCGUUACCAAGAACGCUGCUCAUCACACGACGCAUCAUCUCUAUGUCACACGGCAGAAGGACAACGAGACGUACGCCGCUGGGGCAUACAACUCUCUCACCCCCGAGGACCCUCAGGUUAACUUUGACAAGUACUUCAACAGUGAGUCGCUUGAUCAAGAGGAUAUUGUCGUUUGGUUCAAUCUCGGAAUGCAUCAUAUGCCUCACACAGGCGACCUCCCCAACACAGUCUUCUCGACCGCACACUCGGCUAUGUUGAUUGAGCCGUUGAACUAUCUUCUUGGUGAUCCCUCGCAGGCUAGUUCCCAGCAGGUGCUGAUCAAGACUAUGGAUGGCAAGCCUGAGAUUACUCGAUAUGGCGCUAAAGAGGCAACGUGCCCGGUUGAUCUGGCGCAGCUUAACCCGGAUCUGUCGAGUUACUCCAAUAGUAUCAGCGUCCUCAAGUAUCCUUUCGAUGGCUCAAAGCCUGAUCGUGCUUAA